CCGCGCAACGCGACGCGAAGCAAAAAAGGAGGAGAAACCGCUUGAACUGGAAGCGACCCGAGUCCAAGCCACCGCGGCCCUCCCCGCCCUGCCCCGCCCCGUCGCGCCACUUCCUCGUCUCCCCGUCUCGCUCUCCUCGCCCAAAGCACCACACGCCGAGGCAGAGGAGCAUGCAUCACGACCCCAACCCCUUCGAUGAGGGCAACGCCGACGACAACCCCUUCUCCAAUGGGGGAGGCGGAGGCGGAGGCGGCAAACACCAGUACGGGUUCCGGCCGACGGAGCCCGUCGGCUUCGGGGGCGCAGGCAGGGGCGACGCCGUCGUCGACGUCCCGCUCGACAAUAUGGGGGACUCGAAGAGCAAGGCGAGGGAGCUCUUGUCGUGGGAAUCAGAUCUGAAGCGGCGAGAGGCGGAUAUCAAGAGGAGGGAGGAGGCACUGAAGAAUGCUGGAGUGCCGAUAGAGGAGAAGAACUGGCCGCCAUUCUUCCCGAUCAUCCACCAUGACAUUGCCAAUGAGAUACCAGCUAAUGUGCAGAAGUUGCAGUAUCUUGCGUUCGCUAGCUGGCUUGGAAUUGUGCUUUGCCUCUCGUGGAACUUCAUUGCUGUCAUAGUCUGCUGGAUUAAGGAGGGAGAUUCAAAGCUGUUUUUCCUUGCAACUAUCUAUGCUUUGCUUGGAAUUCCUCUGUCGUACUUGAUAUGGUAUAGGCCUCUCUAUCGUGCAAUGAGGACUAACAGUGCUUUCAGUUUUGGAUCGUUUUUCCUCUGUUAUCUGAUCCACAUUGGUUUUUGCAUAAUUGCUGCCAUUGCUCCACCAAUCAUAUUUCAUGGGAAAUCAUUAACUGGUAUAUUGGCUGCUAUUGACACCUUCUCUGAGCAUGUGAUAAUUGGGAUAUUUUACUUUGUGGGGUUUGGACUGUUUUGUUUGGAGACAUUGCUGAGCAUUGGAGUUCUCCAGAAAGUUUACAUGUACUUCAGAGGGAAUAAGUGAAGAAGCUAGCCAUUAUGGACAAUUUCUCAUGUCUAGUAGCACCUGUUUGUGCUGCGGUUUUGUGCAUACCUGUCAGUACACCUUGAGUCUCUUUUCAUGCUGUCAAUGUUACUGAGAAGUGCCUUUUAUGCUGGUAUGAAGUAGGAGGAUAGCAGCGUUAUUAUAUGGUUUGUUAAUGGAACGGGGUGUUUUGGUUCUUCAUGAGCUAUGGCUCAUGUUUUAUCAGGUUAGUUUAGUCGCAUGUUUGGCAUGUUGGCGACCAUUACAGCAGCCAGGAUUAUUCUUGAAACGCAGAAGAGCAACCAUCCUGGUUCACAUUUCCGACUUAUGAACUGAAUUCUUAUGUGCUGUCACGCUUUUCAAUUUAUAAUGGUUUCCCCAGUCCAGCAA